AUGAUUUCGUGGGUCAAAGCUGGACUGCCUGGGCCGAGUGGGCCGGUGUGUGACAGCGGCCAGAGGGUUUGUCUUGCUGAUGACCCAGUUAUACAACUUUUGGAAAACAUCUGCCUCUUUUGUGUGUGUGAUGUUUCAGGCACUGAUGUAGGAGACUGCAGCAAGAAUGGCAAAAAAGCUGCAGAGGCCAUGUCACUCAGUAAGGAGGACAUGUCCAUCUUCGGCCUAUACCCUGGCCAUGAUGACUUCUACCUGGUGGUCUGCAGCCAUUGUGGCCAAGUAGUGAAGCCGCAGGCGUUCGAGAAGCACUGUGAGCGACGACACGGCCCCCUGGCCAAGCUGUAUGCCCGGCUGCGCUCCCCCACCCCUGCAACCCCACCCCAGCAGAGGCCCCACCACAGCCAUUCUCCUUCUCAUGGGACCAACGCUGCUUCCGCUUCAUCCUGGGAGAGUCGGGGCCAGGGGGCCGGGCAGCCAAAGCCAGCCCCCCCCUCACCUUCCACUCCACCACAAUACAGACACUCCAAGAACCCCAAGGAUGGAGUACGACAUUCCCCGCUGGAGAAGCCCUCCCACAGCAGCCACACAGAGUCCCCAGUGUUCAAGCAGCCUCCGCCUCUGGAACCUCCUAUAAGCUCCCCCCCGCCAUCACUCAGAGAUCCGCCCUGGCCGCAUGGAGGCACCCCCCCGCCUGGUAGGCCUCCACCCAGUGAUAGGUCCCCCACCCAGAACCAGAAGAAGGACUCCCCCCAGAACUCGGGAAUUCCAAACCACCGGGUCCCCAGACCCUACAACAAAGUGGCCUCCAAGAGGGAGUGUGACCUGGACAAACACUGCGGCGUCCUUGACCCUGACAGGAAGAAGGUCUGCACCCGCCUCCUGACAUGCAAUAUUCAUUCCAUCCACCAGCGGAGGAAAGUGAUGGGGCGCAGCAAGAACUUUGACCAGCUAGUGGCAGAACUGAAGACCAAGGUCCGUGAAAAAGGGGCCAAAUCCCUGGAUGGAAACUCCUCUGCUGGACGCUCCCCCAGCCCAGAGGCCCCCAUGGAACAGACGGGGGCCCCACACUGCAGGAGACCCCUGGCCAGCCUCCCUGCGUUCAGUCGGCCUUCGUCUGUGUCGGAGAGCAACACGGAGGAUGAGCAGCAGGACGAGGGGGGGGUCCGAGCCCCCUCACCUCUGGUCCAUGGAAAAAUCUCCAGUGAUGAAAGUGAGGCAGAGGGACCCGAGGAGCCCGUUGAGUUCCCAUCUUCUGCUGCACGUCCCAGACCUCUAGCGGUAUGUUCAUUUGGCAGCCAUGCUUUGGGUCACGGCAUCUACACGUUUGACCGCAGACUACACCACCUGAGGUCGGCUCUCAGCAGCAUGCUGGAGCAGCACAUCAGCGCACACCUCUGGAAGAAAAUACCUCAAGCCACAGAUCUUCACUCAUUCACCAUCCCUCGGCCCGGACCAUCUCCUCGUCCUCGUCCUCUCCCUCCUCGUCCUCUCCCUCCUCGUCCUCGUCCUCAUUCUUCCUCCUCUUCCUCUUCCUCUUCCUCCUCUUCCUCUUCGUUACAUUCUAAGUCCGCACAGGAGAGUCAUAUUAACUCCUCAAUCAAAACGGCCUCCUCUACCUCCUCUUCCAGUCGAGGUCCAGGAAGACCCCCGACAGCCAUACAGACGGAAAACUCGGGGGUCAGCGGGGGCAGCCUCGCUGGGGGUCACCUGCUCUCUCCAGCUAAGCCUGUGACGGUGCGUUCGGGGGGCUCUGGGCGUCUUAAGAACCCUGUUGGGCGCCCCAGCAAGCAGACGAUGAAGCUGCGAGAGGAGGCUGCCACCGCUGCUGCCCAGCGCAAACGCAAAGCCCCCUCCCAGGAGGGGGAGCACUCAGGCCCCGACAGGAACUGUAUACUGCUCCAGGACCGGGGCCGCCCACCUUCUGCGGCCUCCUCCUCUUCAUCCUUUUCUUCUAAAACCCCCAUUUCCUCACCGCUCACACAUGGACAGACCAAUGGCACACUUUCCCCCAGCAGCAACAAGCCCCGCCCCCAGCCCUCCCCCUCAGAACCCCAUUCACCAGCCGCCAAGGCGGUCUGGACCUACAGACGGACACACACUCCUCUGGGCCAUUCCUCCCCUCCCCCAGACCCGUCGUCCACCAACCACAACUCUCACAGCCGGGCCGGCGGGGGGGACUCAGGACUUCACUUGCAGGGCGGCGGAAGGGGCUGUGAGCACCAGGGGCUUGUGAAGAAACGAAAGGGGGGCGGAAUGGGGGAGCAUUCGCCCUCCAAACCCUCAGUGCACCGCCCCCCUUCCUCCUCCAGCUCCCGCCCCUCCUCCUCCUCUCCGCGCUCCAACUUUUAAUCCCUGGAAGGAAAGCAAAGGGGGGGGGCUGGCAGGGGUGUGGAGAAGAAACUGGGCACACAGAAGCCAAAACUGCACCAUUAAGUGUGCCUGCCUUACAAGAGGGAGCCAGCUCUGCUCAGUCCAAGACUGGGGCAAACGGGACUCGUGCGUGUGUGAGAAUGUCUGUGUGUGUGUGUGUGUGUGUGUGUGUGUGGGAGGGUGGGAUAAAAUUCAGAGUAUGGAUUUAAAAAUACCUCAAGACCAUCCGGUUAUGCUGCUAAAUUAAAUAUGUUUGUUUAUCAAAAUGGAUUAAAAAUGUCCUUUACA